AUGUCCUACUUCUUCUCCACCCCGGUCGACAUCGACAUUGUCCUCGAGGACCUCGACGACCGCUCUGCCGUCGACGUCAAGCUCGACAAGAACCGCAAGGAGAAAGUCCCCCUCUACCUCGAUGGCGAGUCGGUCAAGGGCCAGGUCACCGUCCGCCCCAAAGAUGGCAAGCGCCUUGAGCACACAGGCAUCAAGGUCCAGUUCAUUGGCACCAUUGAAAUGUUCUUCGACCGCGGAAACCACUACGAGUUCCUAUCCCUCGGCCAGGAGCUAGCCGCUCCCGGCGAGCUGCAGCACCCCCAGACCUUUGACUUCAACUUCAAGAACGUCGAGAAGCAGUACGAGUCGUACAAUGGCAUCAAUGUCAAGCUGCGCUACUUUGUCCGCGUCACCGUCUCCCGCAGAAUGGCCGACGUGGUCCGCGAAAAGGAUCUCUGGGUCUACUCGUACCGCAUCCCCCCAGAGACAAACAGCUCCAUCAAGAUGGACGUUGGCAUCGAGGACUGCUUGCACAUUGAGUUUGAGUACUCAAAGUCCAAAUACCAUCUCAAGGACGUCAUUGUAGGCAGGAUAUACUUCCUCCUUGUCCGGUUAAAGAUCAAGCACAUGGAGCUGUCCAUUAUCCGAAGGGAAACAACGGGUGCGCCCCCGAACCAGUACAACGAAAGCGAGACCCUGGUCCGCUUCGAAAUCAUGGAUGGUUCGCCCUCGCGAGGUGAAACAAUUCCAAUCAGAUUGUUCCUUGGCGGCUUCGACCUGACUCCCACCUUCCGUGAAGUCAACAAGAAGUACUCGACCAGAUAUUAUCUCAGUCUCGUACUUAUUGACGAAGAUGCGCGACGAUACUUUAAGCAGUCCGAGAUCGUACUCUUCCGACAAGCACCCGAGGGUCUCACAUUGGCGCAGGAACAGAACAAGUUGAUGGCGGUAUCAUGA